AUGAAAAGGUUGACUGUUUUUGAUCAUAAAUGUCUACGAUCUCUUUCUCACGUUAGGUGGUAUAAUGAGGUAAGUAAUGUUGACGUUAGGCAUAGAGUGUUGGGCAGAGAGGGCAAAUCAAUCGGAGAGGCUAUAAAGUUACAUAGAUUGAGAUGGCUUGGUCACGUGCUGUGCAUGCCUAACUAUCGCCUCCCCCGACGGGCGUUACUAGCUGAUAUAGGUGCAGGUUGGAAAAGAGUAAGUGGCGGCCAAACAAGAACAUGACAUCAAUCCAUGAAAUCCUUGACAGUUAAACUGAGUCAGGUAGGGAGAUGCAGACUUCCGGGUUGGGGCCCUCGGGACUCUAAGAAUCAAUGGCUGGAGACACUAGGUGACAUGGCUCAAAAUCGUUGUCAAUGGCUUACGCAGAUGUAUUCAGUCUCUGUAAUCUUUCAUAUUCCUCUCUACUAUUACUCACUCUGUUUCACUCUUAUACUUGUCAAAACUCUACUGAUUCCCUUCACUCAUCUUCUUGUCUACCUUUGUGUGCUAUUUGGAACGUGGCAACUCGAACUGCUGCACUUCGGUGCCAAGUUCUAUGUUGAAUCCAGACAGAUAGAAGGUUUGCGCUGGUCCGUUUAACUUUUUAACUAAAUAAUAUUUGAGAAUAACUUGUCAACUAUGAA